GUUAGAAAUGGCGAGGAGACUAGAUGCUCGUACUUUAUCAACUGAUUCCACAAUGUAUUUUUGUGAAGAUCAUUUUGAUUUGCCGAACGAUAUGAUCAAUUAUACAGAGUAUCAUAUUAUGGGUAAAGUCUCUCAAGUGCGCAUGAAGCCCGGUUGUAUACCAAAGAAGUUCGAAUGCCAAGAAGAUAGAAGGACAUGCAGCUAUAAGGAACGACCAUAUAUGUUGAAAAAACAAAGGAUGUCAAUAAUCGCAGAGUGUUUGAAUGAACCAGAACAAAGUAGUACCCCAAGUUCAUCUGUCAAGGAUACUUCUAGUACAAGUUCAGAUUUUCAAAUAGUUGGAGAGAAUGUACCUGAGACACCUGAAACUUUAUGUCAACUAACAACAGAUAAAUCUGUUCAAGCAUUAAUAACACACAAAUUCAGAAGUAAAGCUGUCCAGGCGAAAGUGAAAUCAACAGAAAAGGGACUAUCACCUUUGAAACCACCACAAAUAUCUACCUCCACAUCCCCGUUUAAAUUGAAGACCACCAUAAAUUCAAGUCCUUCUGUGUCCGGCCUCAGAAAAAGUACAAGAAAUAUAUCUAUUGAAUCAGAACAGUCUCAUAGUGAUGUUUCUUUAUAUGCACCAUCUGCAUCUAGCGCCAGUUGCUUGUCUAUGCAUUCUUUGCAAGUUAAAUCCUCUUCUGACUGUAGUGAAUUUAUCAAAGAAGACAAGAAGAUAGAAGUAAAAGAGGCCAUAUUAAGUAUGAUGAAAAAAAUUGAGAACAAGCCUCGAUUAUAUAUUGGUGUUCCAAAAAAGUGUUACUAUUUGAUUGAUAUAAUAAAAGAUGAAAUCAAUAUUACCGAGCAACAUUUAUGCUUUUGUUUAAAUAAAAUAAGAUUGAAUAGUUCAUUUAAUCUAAUGUCUGAUGAUUAUGCAAUGACUCCAUCAUAUUUAAGCAAGAUAUUUUCAAAAAAUAUACCAUUAAUAGCCAGUGUUAUGAAGCCAUUUAUUGUGUCGCUGGAUAGUGAAAUGAUUAAAAAAACUUUACCCAUGGCAUUCAGGCACAAAUAUCAUAAUGUUAGUUGCAUUAUAGACUGCCUUGAAAUAGAGGUAGAAAAACCAUCUAGAGCAAUGAAUCAAGCAUUCACCUGGUCAGAUUAUAAAAAAUCCAACACAAAAUAUUUAAUAUCCUGUACACCAAAUGGACUAGUGAACUAUAUUUCUCCGGGAUUUGGAGGCAGGACAACUGACACUUGUAUAGUUGAAUCCUGUGACUUUGUUCAGACAUUAAAAAGUGGUAUGUUUGUUAUGGCAGACAGGGGUUUCAAACAUUUAGAACAAUAUCUAAAAAAAGCUGGUAUUACACUAGUAAGACCUCCCAGUGUCGAAAAAGGUGUACAGAUGAGUAAAACCGAAGCGAAACUAACUAAACAGAUAGCUAGCCUAAGGAUACAUAUAGAGCGAGUUAUUCGACGUUUACGUGAAUUUCGUAUGCUUAAACCACAUGCAUGUGUUAAUUUUAAAUUUGUAAAAUUACUUGAUGACAUAACAAUCAUAGCAUGUGCCUUAAUUAAUCUACAAGGUUCUUUAAUAAAAUAAAACAAAUGAAAAUAAA